AUCAUCAGAGGAAUGUCUCUGCUUGCACUGACCAGAGGAAGUUUGGAUUCUGUUGUCAGCCCAGUUCUGCCACCUGAUGGGAAUCAGGUGUUGUCCCCAGUAUACCUAGAAUUCUUCAAACUAGUCUAACAUGCAUUUUGUUAACUGGAACUGGAGCAGCAAAACAAAGAAAACAAAUGCCUCAUUUUCCAGCUUUGUGGGUGAGAGAACUAUAAGUGAAGAUUAUAAUGCUGGACACUGAUGGCCUUAAGCCAGCUGCCUCAGGAAUCUGCCAAGAACUUUGCUGAAAAUAUGUUCCUCAUCUUAGCAACAGAGCUAAGACUUAUCACACAUCUGCCCACCUUUAUUCAACUGGAGCUCCUUCUGAUCUGACAGCUCAGGCAUUGUCAGUUUCAUCCAGAACAAUUUACAAACUUGGAACCAAAUCCUAUAAUGUCUUAAUCAUUUUAUCAAUCCCACUGAAGACUAUUUGUAUGACUAUGGACCACUUCUGUGGACUGCUUUGCACCUGCAGCCCAAUGAGCCUUUUAUUAUAGUGUUGAAUGCAGUAAGAAAAAAAAAUGUAAUUGCUAAGAAAGAAAGAAAGAAAGAAAGUUGGGUCAUUCAUCCCAAUAGAAGUGAAAGCUCAGAUACCCUGAGCUGUGGGUUCACCUGGUGGCAGUUCUCCAAGAGCUACUGAUGCAAUGCAGGAGAAAAGGGAAGAGGGGGAAAUCUCUGCUCACCCAGAGAGGAGGAUCAAAUGCAUCACAAGUUGGGAAAAAGUCCACAAAGACCAGCACACCAUCACACGAUGUACUGAGGAAGAAAAUGCCCAACCGAACCACCGUGACCGAGUUCCUUCUCCUGGGAUUCUCUGACGUUCGGGAGCUGCAGAUUUUACACUUCCUGGUGUUUCUAGUGAUUUACCUGGCAGCCCUGAUGGGGAAUCUUCUCAUCAUCACAGUUGUUGUCCUUGACCACCAUCUUCACACCCCCAUGUACUUCUUCCUGAUGAAUCUGUCCAUCCUAGACAUCGGCUCCAUCUCUGUCACUGUCCCCAAAUCCAUGGCCAACUCCCUCAUGGACAUCAGAUCUUCAAAACAGUGCUGAGAAUCCCCACUGAGCGGGGCCGGCAUAAAGCCUUCUCCACCUGCCUCCCUCACCUCACCGUGGUGUCCUUGUUCUUUUGCACUGCCACCUUUGCCUACAGUCAUCCCA